AUGCCGCUAAAGGACGCAGCGCUGUGGCGAGGCGAGCUGGAAGCCGGCUGUCGCAGAGCUGCAGCUGUACCUUUCACAGUCCUUCACGUCGCUGCAGAUCCCCGUUCAGUCGUCCAUGUGAUAUUUAGACCUAUUAUUAGGCAACACACCAUGAAAAUCCUUCAUCGCUUGCCAAAGAUAGGAAAAUUUCCGCUGCAUCACUGUCAGGUUCAACUAAUCCAUUAUAACCAUGAGCUGUACACAAAUGUCACAGAAGCUGCAAAGAGUCCUAAUGGGUUGGUGGUAGUUUCCAUAUUUAUGAAAGUAUCUGAAUCAUCAAAUCCAUUUCUAAAUCGUAUGCUUAACAGAGACACCAUAACAAGAAUAACGUAUAAAAAUGACGCAUACUUACUACAGGGGCUUAAUAUUGAGGAACUUUAUCCAGAGACGUCUAGUUUCAUUACGUAUGAUGGGUCAAUGACAAUUCCACCCUGCUAUGAAACAGCAAGCUGGAUAAUAAUGAACAAACCUGUCUACAUAACAAGGAUGCAGAUGCAUUCUUUACGACUGCUAAGCCAGAAUCAGCCAUCACAGAUAUUUCUGAGCAUGAGCGACAAUUUCAGACCAGUCCAGCCUCUCAACAAUCGAUGUAUCCGAACUAAUAUCAACUUUAGUUUACAGGGAAAAGAUUGUCCAAACAAUAGAGCACAGAAACUACAGUAUAGAGUAAAUGAAUGGCUCCUCAAGUAAGAAAGACAGAGCAGGCAGAACCCAUAACCUCAGUGGAAUGCUACUACUGUGAAUUGACAUAAUCUAGAAUACACCUAACCUCACUCUCUUUGGGUUCGCAACAGCAUGUGCAAACGUGCUGUAGGAAAAGAGCUGCCAUGUUGGAAACUCAACUAAAAAUUCAUUCAUAUGAUUGGUGGUAAUUUAAAAAAAAGUAAAAAGACAGCAUUACAGUAAAUGUGAUUACAAUUUUGAUACAGUUUUCCUGAACUAAUUUAGCUUCACAAA